AUGGUGGGCUAUGACCCUGAGGCCAAGUGCGUCUCCACGGUGGAAGCAGCUGUAGCAGGAUCGGCAUCCGGCUUGGUCACUCGGGUCCUUAUCAGCCCCUUGGAUGUCAUCAAGAUUCGCUUUCAGCUUCAGAUCGAGCAGCUCUCCCCCAGAAACCCAGGGGCUAAAUAUCACGGUAUCUUGCAAGCUGUACAUCGCAUCUUCCAGGAAGAGGGGUUGGUAGCCUUCUGGAAGGGCCAUGUUCCUGCUCAGUUCCUUUCAGUUGGCUACGGAGCUGUUCAGUUCAUGGCGUUUGAAAGCUUGACAAAACUGGUGCACAACAUCACCUCGUACGACGCCCGCGAUUCCUUUGUGCACUUCGUCUGCGGCGGACUGGCUGCUUGCCCGGCCACUGUGGCAGUUCAGCCUGUUGACACGCUACGCACCCGCUUUGCUGCUCAGGGAGAGCCCAAGAUCUAUCGCAGCCUUCGCCACGCGGUGGUGACGAUGUACCAGACAGAAGGGCCUCGGACUUUCUAUAGAGGUUUGACCCCCACAAUCGUUGCUGUCUUUCCAUAUGCUGGUCUCCAGUUCUCCUUCUACAACAUCCUGCAACAGUUCUCUGAAUGGGUGAUUCCAGCUGAAGGAAAGAAAGGAGGCAAUGUUAAAAACCUUGUUUGUGGCAGCUGUGCUGGAAUCAUCAGCAAAACCCUCACUUACCCUUUUGACCUGUUCAAAAAACGUCUGCAAGUGGGUGGCUUUGAGCAGGCUCGGGCAGCCUUUGGACAGGUACGGAUCUACAGGGGUCUCCUGGACUGCAUAAGGCAGAUCAUACGAGAGGAGGGCCCAGGUGGAUUCUUUAAGGGCCUUUCUCCCAGCUUGCUGAAGGCUGCUGUCUCUACUGGCCUUGUCUUCUUUUGGUAUGAGCUGUUUUGCAGCCUCCUCUGUGCCCUGAAACACACCGAUAGCACUAAGAGGUAG